AUGGAGUCCCUGUUUGACAAUGGAAAUGAAAUAAGAACCGUCCAAUAUCUGCCAAACUAUCCUUUUGUGGACCGCGAUAUCCGCAAUGAGAUGAGCGGCUAUCGUCCACCGUGGAUGGACCUGACCGCUGGCCUGAUCAGCAGUAGCAUCAGGUCUGUUAGGCGUGUGCCUGGAAGCUGGUCCCCAGCUGGGGCGCUAAACUCCAACCAAAAGAGUAGUUUCGGGGCUCCGGGAAGCCAUCAGCGCCAGAGGCAACGACAUGAGCUCACAUCGACGUACCAAUAUGCACCACUGGCUGCUGACUCUGAUGACAUUCGUAUACUUCAUCUUCUACCUGGGCAGGAAAACGACCUCGUUCGAACACGGUUACAGUCCUGCUCAUUAGGCAACCCGCCAAGCUAUGAAGCCAUCUCGUAUGCCUGGGGAAGCAGGUCUGACAACGCUGUCGUCAUUGUCUCCGAGGGAGAAGUCGACUACUCCGUUGAAGUCCCACAAAGUGUCCAUGGGGCUUUAAAACAGCUACGAAACGAGUUCACAGCGCGGCUAAUCUGGGCCGACGCGAUUUGCAUGAACCAGGGAGAUGAUGAGGAGAAGAACCAUCAGGUGCGAUUGAUGCGGCGGAUAUACCAAGGAGCAACGAGGGUGGUCAUCUGGUUGGGAGACAACUAUAAACACAAUCAUGUAACAAGUCAUCUUUUCAAUCUUAUCAGUCAAAUGUACCACCGGAACUUUGAAUCAGUGCCACCACUUGAAGAUUUGCAGACUUGGAGAGAGUUCGAGCGGCUUUUUAGGAAUCCGUGGUUCUGUCGAGUGUGGUGUCUACAAGAGGCAGCCUUGGCCACGUCGGCUCAGGUCAUGCUCGGGAAACACUCCGCUCCAUGGGAGUAUAUUGGGUUUGCGGCAACAUGGUUCCGCUGUUUGCCGCUACAGCUGCUCCAUGAUGGAAGUGCCUUGGUUGGCGUAUACAAUGCGUGUCUGAUUUACGCCCUGUCGCAUGUAAAUGAGAGGAAUCAACAGCAUGUGUCAUUCCUACAACUUCUCGCACUCACCAGGCCAUUUGUGGCGACGGAUGUCCGAGACAAGAUUUAUGGCAUCUUGGGAAUCCCAACAAAGGACUCGGAUCCUGAUGCUGGUGUUCCCUUCUUGGAGCCUGAUUACACCAAGACAUUACCAGAGGUGUACAUCGACUGCGCCUUAUCCAUCAUCCGCAGGACUCAAUCUCUUCGAAUACUAUCUUAUGUCCAGCAUGAGCGGCUUCAUCAAGAGGUGACCGAAACCUCUUCGCACAAUGCAGCGGACCAAGCUCUGACCAAGGUUCCAUCGUGGGUCCCAUGCUGGCAUCAGUACUUUUCAAGAACAUUAGCACCAACGGAAUCGGAGAAAAAGACAUUCAAGGCGUCUGCUUCUCUCAAUGUGGACUCAGUGGCCAGUACUGAUGUCAGAGGAUUCGAACUGAUCACGCACGGCGCUCGAAUUUCGCAUGUCAGAACUGUCUCUGGCCUGCUCUUCAACAAGAACAGCUCGAGCGGGUACGAUUCAACAUACACGGCCGAACAAGUCUGCCUAGAAGUUCUGGAGCCGUUGCAAGCGUCCACAGCGAGCCCAACGGAGCUUCUUCAUGCAUUUAGCACUGUCCUGACUGCCGGCAAAGACUGGUAUGGAUGCGUCAUCGAGGACAUAGAACAGCACGUCGCCGACUUCAUUGCGCUCAUGUACAACCCGUCCGUGCUUAGCGAUGAUCCUGAAGCGGACUUACAUCGAACAAGGAGACAACGGCAUCGAGGAGUGGCAGGGAGCGAAUCGCCUCUCCCACGACCCUGCAUGCUUGAAGAGUUCCUAUUCCGGCCCCGGACUGAUCUCGCGCUGCCGCCCGUCACCAAAGUAGGGCAGGCCCACCGCUUCCAAGCGGCCAUGCGUAAUGCAUGCACCUGGAGGCGCGUUCUUGUCACCGAGGACGGCCACGUUGGGCUUGGCCCGCAGGUCGCCAGACCAGGGGGCGUGGUCUGCAUCCUCAAGCAUGCCAUCGUGCCGUUCCUGCUGAGACCCGAAGCCGACACCGGCAGCUUCAAGCUUGUUGGCGAGGCGUAUAUACAGGGUGUGAUGUUCGGCGAAUUCAACGCCUCUCAGGUGGAGCAGAUCGUGCUGAGCGACCAGCCAUUCCUGGACAGCACUGAGGCCCAGCCUGGCGAAAAUCAAUUUCGGACAGGCGGCUGUAAUUCGUCCUCAUAG